CCCUUGUCCCCUUGUCCCCAUUCUGUCCCCACCCAACCCGCCACAUCCUCCAUCUCCAGAUCCUCCACAUCCUGGGAAUCUCCACUUGCCCACAUACCAGAGCCUCUCUCAAACCGCUCUCCAGACUGUCCAGACGUCUCUCAUGAUGGAAUAUCCGCCGUCAAAACCGCCCGUCGCUGCCGACAAGCCGCCCGACGACAGCACCGACUCGCGUCGCCUCAAGAAGCGCGAGCUGGACCGCAAAGCGCAGCGGCUCGCGCGCGAACGCACAAAGAGCCGCAUCGCUGAGCUCGAGGCCAUGGUGGAGCAUCUCCGCCACAGCGAUGCCAACACCCAGAUCCUGUCGCUGAUGGACCAGCUGUCGCAGGUGACCAAGGAGAGGGACAAGGCGAGGCAGGUUCUGCGGUCUCUGGACAGCACCAUCCAUCGCCAUCUUAACGAGGGCAGCCCGUCCGAGUCUGGUGCUGGAGCUCUCGUCACGCAGUCGCAGUCGCAGUCGCAGCCUUCACGACCAUCACGGAGCGUCAUUUACCCGGAAUCCCAUCCAGGCCUACCAUCCCAUCCUCCACCACUGCAGAUUCCCCCCGGCUCAACUGACUCGGCCAUCUGGGACGACCCCAUGUGCGGCCUCGCCGGGAUCCAGCCCAAUGCGGCCGUAGGCUGCCUCAGCGGACUACAAGCUAAUCCCGCUGUGGGCUGCGGCUUCGACCAUCACGCCAAUCCUAUCGACGACCUCAGCGUGCUGAAUCUCCCCCCAGGCAGCGUCUCGAGCGGUGAUGGCUCGUACGUCGACGAUGUCAUUGUCCCCAGACCGGCAAUUGAAUGCUUCUGCAACUCGUCCGAUCCUGGCCGACAAGGAUCCCAGAGCCCCGUGAACAAAUGGCGGGCCGCAAACGAGUCGCUGGGGAGGUCCACGAGGCUGUCCCGCGCAGAAAUCAUGGCCGAAGACCUGACGAGCGAGGACACGCCCAUCCGCGCCGUCUUAGAGGGAUGGGACAGCGUCGAACAGGAGGGCAGGAUGACCGAGUCUUGGCGAAAGCUGCAAGGCGUUGACCAGGUCUGCUUCAAGACGUGCUCCCAGAUAGAGCGCCUCGCCAUCUUGAGGAUGAUGCAUAUCUUGAUGACGUACCACGGCGAUCCAACCCUGGAGAGACAUGCCUCUGUCCCGCAUUGGUUUCUUAUGAGACCUUCACAAGCCAUAGCACACUCAUACGCCAUCGACUACUUUGUUUGGCCCGGCAUACGAGAGCGAUUCGUCUUCUCGCAACACCAAUACUGCACAAACAUGUUCUGGGAUCUCUUCCGCGGCAACUUCAAAAUCAUGUGGCCGUACGACUUCCGAGAUACCUACAUGCACAACUCGGAAACAGGCCGAUACCACCUGUCGCCUCUCUUCGAGGAGCGCAUCAGGGAUAUUAGCGCCUGGACCAUGUGCCCGGACUUCUUCGUGCAGUUCCCGGAGCUCUACGGGGACAUUCCCACGUAUCUAAGCGUGCCCGCAAGCGUGAGCAACAUGGGGUCUGGGGGGCUGGUGCCAUAUGUGCAAGAAGCCCAGCGGGAGGCGUAUCGGAGAAGUAGGAGUAGGAACACUCCACCAAAGGAGCCCAUGGUCGAGGUGGUCGAUUUAUAACUCUUCCAGGAUGGAAGUAUCUCUGUCAUAAUAUAUUUAUACAUACUGUUUGAGAAUACUGUAUGGCUUUGAUCUAUCUGAUGAUAUUGAGUAAAGCUUAAAAAAAAAUAUAUAUAUUUAUACCUAC